AUGGCCUUCCCUUUCAUUGCUCUUUUUGUCUGCGCGAUCUUCUCUUUGAGCGUCGGGGCUGCAGAUUGGUACACUGUAGAAUGGGACGCCCCGCAAUUUACUGCAUUGUCUGGCGACAUGGUUAUUCCCAAACUCCCCAACCCAGGAGGUACACCCUACGUCUGGCCAGCUCUUCAGAGCAACAAUGGCGUCCUACAGGCCGUUUGCGACGGUCGUUCAGGGACUUGGUGGAUUGGUGAUGGCUUUUACGGAACUCCCUCUCUCCCCUGGGGCAAUGGGUUCAAUGUCAACCCCGGAGAUACCGUCCAUUUCACAUUUACUUCUUCCGGCGAUGACUGGACUGCGACCUUGUCUAGCAACGGCAAGUCCGCUUCGACCAAAUUGACCAUUCCAGGCUCUACUAUGAAUCGUGCAAUCUUCGCUGCUGAAUUAACCGGUAUUCCUUACAAUUUCGGACCUACCAUCUACCGCAACGUCAAGAUCACUGCGACGACUGCUGCUUCAGGUUGGUGCGGGAAGAUUCUUCAUUUAGGCAACUACCCUUUCACCGUGACCGGUAAUGUUGCCUCUGGAAAUACCUGCAAUAUUGCCUCGAUCACACAAAACAGUGCUUGA